AUGAAUGAAAAUAAGCCCUUGAUUUAAGUGAGAAGGUCUUAAGAUAGAUUAUCAGAGUCUUUUCCUCCAGAUUCUUAAAAUAAUUUUGAAUAUAUAGCAAAUGUACAUAAAUUAUUAGAAUAAGUAGAUUUAAAAAAAAUUAAUAUACAAUCAAGAAUCACUUUAAGAAACUUUGUAGAGGAGGAAGACAUGGAAGAAAUAAAAAAUUUGCAUAAAGAAUGGUUUCCGCUUCCCUACCAUGAUAGUUAUUAUGAUAGUAUAUUGAAAAAUUAGGUAAAAAGUAUAAUAGUAGAAUUUGAAAUUAGUAAAAAGUAAAAAGUCAUAAUAGGAUGCUUAUUUUAUAUGAGUAAGCCCUGCAAGUAGAAAUAUUUAUAGUUCAGAUAUAAAUAUCUGAUUGAUGAUUACUAUGGUGUUUAUAUUACAACAAUAGGUGUUAUUAACAGCUUUAGAAGCUAAGGAAUAGCAAAAAUGAUGAUGGAUAAACUCAAAGAAAUAUGCUUAAAUUCUCCUUUAGUUUAAUACAUUUAUCUUCACAUAGUUACCUAUAAUAACGCAGGAAUUAAAUAUUAUGAGAGAAACGGAUUUAAAGCUAUAGAGAUAAAAAGAGAUCACUAUAGUGAUAUUGAAGGAAAGUAGUAUGAUGCAUAUGUGUAUAUUUAUCAUUUAAACAAUUCUUCAAUUAAAGUAGGUUUUUUCAACGACUUAUUUACUUGUUUAGCUGCACCUGUAAAUUCAAUAAUAGAUUUAUUUAAAUCAGCCAAAACAAAAUUUAAUAAAUAAAAAUAAUGA